AUGAUGCGGGUUGGAAUGGAAAGGAAAACAGUCGAGACCGGAAAAGACGCUAGUGAACAGGGUUUCCGGAAGGGCGCCGAAUGUCCAAUCUUCCGAAUCACCCACAAGCCACUGAUCCACCGACUGACCGACUGGCGCGACUGGAUGCUGGAGAAGAAAAGAGGUAUCCGACGCGGGAGAACGGAUAUAUGCUCUCAAGGUGCAGGAGGCGCAGUGUUCAGAUAUCCCACAACGCCUGAGGAACACUUGCUUCACGCUUCACUCGUCAAGGAGUCGGCUGUCAGAUAUGUUAUUCCUUGCUUUCACUCAUGCCCCGCCCCACAAGACAACGGAGCGUGGUCGCCGAUCGCUGGUAGUUGCUUACAUCUCUCUAGACCUCCUAGCUAG